AUUGUUGCAUUCUAGAUACUCCCGCCACGAGCUUAGGCGUUCACUCUUUGACACUGUCCCUCCCGAGUCCCCACUUGCCUGCUCUAACAUGGCCAUAAGUUUGAAGUUGUUGACUGUCCUUGCCGUUGCUUUCCCUGCUAUAGUUCAUGCUGGGAGGUCGUACAACCUCGUCAAGGAAUAUGCAGGCUCUAAUUUCUUCGAUGAUUGGGAUUUCUAUGGUAAAGCCGACGACCUCAACAGCGGCGAUGCCUUUUUCCUAAGCGCUGCAGAUGCGAAACAGCAGCAGCUUGCGUAUGUCGAAAGCUCUGGCAAUGCCAUCAUCAAAGUCGACAACAAGACAGUCGUACCCUACAACGAGAAGCGUAAUACUAUCCGCAUCACCUCUCAAGACUCCUAUGGUGUCGGAAGUGUCUGGAUCGCUGACAUGUUACAUGUACCCUUCGGUUGCUCAGUCUGGCCCUCUUUUUGGUCUCGAGCUCCCGGCUGGCCCAAUGGUGGCGAGAUUGACACCUUCGAGGCUAUCAAUAAAGUGACCCGAAACCAGUUUGCUUUGCAUACCAACCCGGGUUGCACUGUAACGAACCCGGUACAGACCAGCACGAUACAAAAUUCUACCGAUUGCUCUUACUUGACGAACGGAAACCAAGGCUGCGUAGUUACCAAUCCGAGCACAAAAUCUUACGGUCCCGAUUUCGCCUCGGCUGGUGGAGGAGUGUUCGUCACGGAGAUGGCUGAGGAAGGUGUUUCUAUCUGGUUUUUCUCGCGCGCCGAUGUCCCUCAGUCACUACAGGGGGACGGGAGUUCGCUAGACAUAUCUACACUCGGCACACCCGUUGCAAAUUAUCCAUCGACCAGUUGCACCGUUGACAAGUUUUUCGAGGCUCAGAACCUGGUCUUCCAGAUCACACUAUGUGGAGUAUUCGCGAAUGGAAAUAACGGCGCGAUCUUCCAGGAAACUUGCACAGGGGUUUGUUACAAUGACUGGGUGCUCGGCCCCCCGUCCAACUACGACGAUGCCUACUUCGAGAUUCAGCACCUCCGCGUAUAUGGCAACUCGACCACAAAUACCCCUUCGUCGUCGAGCAGCCCUUCCUCUCCUAGCAAGACUGCAUCGACAUCGGCGAGCAGCGCGUCACCCUCCGGUAGCUCUUCGUCUGCAAGCUCGUUCUCGCGUUCAGUGCCCUCGGUGACUUUCGGCACGGUGAUAUGUGGUGCUUUGUACUGCCUGUCGGCAUUCCUGUGAAGUCCUUUCCUUCAUUUUUCAGAGCAUCAGGGUUUCCAUCGAGGACGAGUCUGAAAGCUUGUUUGUGGCUGCGUUUAUAUACCAUUGAAGUUCGGCUUUGUCCUUUAUUGCCAUGCUCUGCC